AUGCAGAAUAACGCCAGACACCAACACCAGUUGUCGGUGAAUUCUGUCCAGUCGCUAAUCGAACCUACCACUCCGCCAUCGUUAGGUCAAAUGAAUAAUAAAAGGUUUCAUCAAAAGACUCAAUCUUUAGACUUAUCGAAUUUUAACCAGUUCAUGAGUGCAACUGCUAAUAACCAAACUAAUAAGUUUAAUAAUAGUUCGCCUUUACUGUAUACGAAUGGGGUUCCUUCUUCAUUUAAUAUGGACGGAAAUUUUUUAGGUGGUUCAAGUCAAAAUUCUGCACUUUAUAUAAACAAUUCUUCCACUAACAAUUCAUCAUCAUCAACAUCUCAGAGUACACCCAUUAGUUUCAAUAAAGGCACCAAUUUGCCUCUGAUCAAUGAAUUUGAUGUUUUGCAUAACACUAAUUACAUGCCUUUUCCUAUUAAUGCACCAUUGGGCAUUAAUACAAACCAAUUAGCACCAACAAAUUCAAACAUGAAUGCUAUCUUGUCGAACAAUGGCAAACAUAAUAAUGAGCUCUCAAACAAUAUUGUUCCGCUGGAAUAUUCCAACGGGGUGCAAAACAUUCAACCACAAUUGUUAACUACCUCGCAUGAAUCUUCUUUUAAGACGAAAACAUUGCCUAUGUCAAAGAAAUCUGUUAAUACUGAUAAGCCCCUCGCUAAUAUGAAUGAGAUCAAUUCUAGACCUUUGGAAGAACUCGAUUUUUUAAGUUUGUCAACAGAUCAAUAUGGCUGUAGAUUUUUGCAAAAAAAAUUAGAGGAUAAAAACAUCAAUGAUUCAAAUAAAGUCAGAGAUUUAUUGUUCGAUCAAACAAGAGAUCAUUUCCUUGAUCUUAUUUUGGAUCCAUUUGGAAAUUACUUAGUCCAAAAACUGUGCUAUUACCUAACCACUGAUCAAAAGACCAUCUUAAUUCAGGCAAUCUACACAAAUAUGUAUCAAAUUUCAAUCAAUCAAUAUGGUACUAGAUCAUUGCAGAAAAUCAUCGAUGUUGCUGAAGAAGAUUACCAGAUCGAUAUGAUUAUUGAUGGUUUCAGUAACAGGGAAUACAUUUCAACGGAUCAAGUUGUAAAGAUAAUCAACGACUUAAAUGGUAACCACGUCAUUCAAAAAUGUAUUUUUAAAUUUCAACCAUCAAAAUUGAAUUUUCUAAUUGAUGUAAUUAAUACUGGCAAUAAUAUCGUACAUAUUUCCACUCAUAAGCACGGUUGUUGUGUUCUUCAAAAAUUAUUAGGUAUUUGUAAGUUACAACAAACUUUGAAGAUUUCCAUGAACAUCAUUGAAUAUCUACCAAAGUUAAUCAAUGAUCAGUUUGGUAACUAUAUCGUUCAAUUCUUAUUGGAUACAGAUGAGUUGAAGUUUUACUUUUUACCUGAGACGUACAAAAAAUUAUCUAAUAAUUUACCACAAUUAUCAUGUAUGAAGUUUUCAUCGAACGUCAUUGAAAAGAUUAUCAAGAUUCUUUAUGUUGUCAUUACAAAAUCAGCUAAUUGUUCAAAUGUAAUUCCAAAUCAAGAUGAUCUUGUACCAAAUGUCAUGGAAAUAUUAAUUUCAAUAAUUGAAAUAUUUACUGCAAAUUUGAAUGUGUUAAUCAGAGAUAAUUAUGGUAAUUAUACAUUACAAACGUUAUUGGAUGUCAAAAAUUAUUCAACUUUAUUGGAUUAUACGCCAAUCGAUAAAAUGGACCCAACCUCUGAAAAAGAUUCCAAAUCUCAGGCAUUCGAAAAAUUCAAACGUGAGUUAAGCACUAAAAUAACACAUUUAAUCUUUUUGACAAAAGAACUAUUACCAAGCAUUAAGGCUACUUCUUAUGCCAAGAAAAUUAAAUCUAAAGUCAAGGAUUUUGCCGAAUUUAAAGGUGUUCAAAUCUCUGAUUUAACAUCCGAAUGUAACAUAUUACCAACCGAUAAUCAACAAAUUUCUGAGGUUACUAAGAGCAAGCAUACUAAACAUAGCUCAUUACCAAAGAAUAAUCACAAAAAACCUUUUAACAAAACACAAAAUAGGAACUCUAAUAACAAUAGUUCUUAUUCAUAUUCUAAACACCACUAUAACUAUACCGGCAAUCAUAACUAUGACCAGAAGAUCAACCAGUACACUCAAAACCAUUACGAAGCGCCAGCAUAUGACGUAAAUGCGAUAUCCAGACCUUUAUCUAAAUUAGAUUUGAAUUUGUUACAGCCUAUGAAUGAAAAUAUAUAUAAUUCAAAGGAUAGCAUGGGAUAUCCAGAAUCAAGUUAUUUUAACGCUUAUGAAAAAAAUAAUGGUUUUGAGAAAGCUUCUAGUAGAUUUGAUACUGGUAUUAAUAAGGCGUUCAUAGGUAACACUAAUGAUAUUACUCCUAAUUUUAAUAAAGUAGAUUUUUCUAGCCAACAAUACCCUUUUAAUUAG